AUGAUCGACAUUAUAGGGGAAACGAAGCGAUUGAUCGACACUAUAGCCUUCUUCUUCUUUUUCUUCUUUUGGCCUUCUUCUACUUCUUCUUCUUCUUCAUCUUUCGGCCUUCUUCUUCUUCUUUCGACCUUUUUCUUUUUCUUCUUCUUUCGGCCUUCUUCUUCUUUCGGUCUUCUUCUUCUUUUUCCUCUUUCGGCCUUCUUCUUCUUUCGGCCUUCUUCUUUCGGCCUGCCUCUUCUUCUUUUUCUUCUUCUUUCGGCAUUCUUCUUCUUUUUAUUUUCUUCUUUUGGCCUUCAUCAUCUUCUUCUUUUGGCCUUCUUCUUCUUCGUCUUCUUCUUUCGGCCUUCUUUUGCUUUUUCUUUCGGCCUUCUCCUUCUUUUUCUUCUUCUUCUAUCGGCCUUCUUCUUCUUCUUCAUCAUCUUCUUCUUCUUUCGGCCUUCUUCUUCUUCUUCUUCUUCCUUUUCUUCUUUCGACCUUCUUCUUCUUCUUUCGGCCUUCUUCUUCUUCUUUUUCUUCUUCUUUCGGACUUCUUCUUCUUCUUUCGGCCUUCUUCUUUUGCUUUUUCUCUGGGCCUUUUUCUUCUUUUUCUUCUUCUUUCGGCCUUUUUCUUUUUCUUUCGGUCUUCUUCUUUUUCUUUUUCUUUUGGCCUUCUUCUUCUUUCGGCCUCCUUCUUCUUCUUUUUCUUUUUCUUUUGGCCUUCUUCUUCUUCUUCUUUCAGCCUUCUUCUUAUUCUUUUUCUUCUUCUUUCGGCCUUCUUAUUCUUUUUCUUUCGGACUUCCCCCCCGGAUGGAGCCGUGUUGA